AACGAGUUCAACAGUCGAAACCUAGUGAAUGACGACGAUGCCAUUGUUGCUGCUUCAAAGUGCUUGAAAAUGGUUUACUAUGCAAACGUGGUGGGAGGGGAAGUGGACACGAACCAUAACGAGGAGGAUGACGAAGAGCCCAUUCCUGAGUCCAGUGAGUUGACACUGCAAGAGCUUUUGGGAGAGGAGAGAAGAAACAAGAAAGGUCUUCGCGUGGACCCACUGGAAACGGAACUCAGUGUUAUAACGCUAGACUGUCGGAAACCACUCAUCCCCUUUGAAGAGUUUAUUAACGAGCCGCUCAAUGACGUUCUAGAAAUGGAUAAGAAUUAUACGUUUUUCAAAGUAGAAACAGAGAACAAAUUCUCUUUUAUGACAUGUCCCUUUAUAGUAAAUGCUGUCACAAAGAAUUUGGGAUUAUAUUAUGACAAUAGAAUUUGCAUGUACAGUGAACGAAGAAUCACUGUUCUCUACAGCUUAGUUCAAGGACAGCAGUUGAAUCCAUAUUUGAGGCUCAAAGUCAGACGUGACCAUAUCAUAGAU